GGCCCCAAGUCCUUCUGCGCCGCCGUCGACGCAGCAACGCGCGCUCGCUGCCCCAUCGACGAGGGGGUCCCAUUCGGCGCCGCGAAGAGCGAGUUGGCGUGGCCCGAGGGCGACGCCCAGAGAUUCGCAAUCCUGGAAGCAGGACUCGCUGGCAGCAAGAACGCGCACCAAGCGGCGGACGCAUCCGCGCAGGCGGCCCUUUUCGCAAUCCUGGAAGCAGGACUCGCUGGCAGCAAGAACGCGCACCAAGCGGCGGACGCAUCCGCGCAG